ACCCCUAGUUGCACUUGCACCAAAUGUCCAUGCCUUUUUUCCUCAUGUUCUUUUCCCUUCAUAUAUGACACAAAAACAAAAACCUAAACCUUAAACCAGACAGUCUAAAACUUAGUCCCUCACUGCCUCCGUGAUGUCUCAAGCUAUUCGCGAGCGUGUUCCAAACGACGUCGUGGCAGACAUCCUGGGUGGUCUACCAGUGAAAUCCUUAAUCCGAUUCAACUGCGUUUCGAAAUCUUUGAACUCCAUUAUCACUGACCCAACCUUCAUUUCCACACACUUCAAGCUCAACCUAAACCAACCCAAAUCAUCAAUAUCCCCAAACACUCACUCUGGUUAUUAUCUGCUAUAUAAGACUUCAUCUUCCAAAGAAUUGUGUACGGUUUUUUGCAAUAACGACGACUACACAUUGACCCAGAUUUCCAGGUUUGAAAUCCCCAAUGUUUUUGACAAGUUCAGCGAAGUUGUUGGUUUCUGUAAUGGAAUUUUCUGCCUAGCUAGUUCUGACAAAGAUCUUCAUCAUAUAUCAUAUUUGUGGAACCCAAGCAUUGGAAUGUUUAAGAAGCUUCUAGCUACUCGCUUGACCGGCGAGGAUUUUAGGAUUGUUGUUUUUGGACUUGCAUAUGAUUGUCAAAACAAUGAUUUCAAGGUUUUGAGGCUUGUGGGCUUUUUUGGAAGAGAAGCUGAGGCUGAGAUUUACAGAUUGAGGAUGGGUUCCUGGACAAAGGUUGUAAUAUCGAUGGAGUCGUUAAGAGGCUAUGAACCCAACAUUGGAACCAUUGUUGAUGUUAUGCCACCCUGUGUAUUUUGUAAUGGAGCUUUGCACUGUACGGCAUUUACUCGACAAGGUCGUUUCAUUUUGUCCUUCGACGUUAGUGAUGAGAGGUUCCGUGAGAUAAUGAUGCCUCGUAAUUUUCGUGAUGGAAUCAUUGUAAUGUUUGAACAAGUUGCGGUGUUCAAGGGAUCGCUGGCUAUUAUUGUUUUCUCUCAUAAUUUUCUCAAUCUGGGUAUUCCGGGGGGUUGCUUAUGCCACAUUUGGGUUAUGGAGGAAUAUGGUGUGGCCGAUUCUUGGACUAGAAAAUUUCUGGUGCCAUUAAGUGAUUGGGUUUGGGAACCUCUUUUUUAUGGUUGCACUGACAAUGGUGAACUUUUGAUUAAGAAUGACAGUGGGCUGGUUUCAAUUGACCCCGAGAGUCGAAAUCAGAACAUUCUUGCAAUUGAAGAUUCCAGUUGGGUGGGGUUCUCGGCUAAUUCAAUGGAGAGCUUGGUUUUACUUGAUGAGGUGUUCAUUUCUUAUAAGCAAAUUUACUGCUUGAGCAGAGAAUGAUAGGCUUAGGGUUGCCUUCUGCUAAGAACAUGUGUCCUUGACCCUGUUCUAAUUAAUUCAACCUUGGAGUUAAAGAAUCACCUAUGCUUAGUUUUUCUUUGUUUCUUUUCUUUUCCUAGGUUUUCUCAGCAACCAAACAGUGGAUGUGAUUAAUUAGGAUUGUGGGGAAAAAGCUGAAUAACAAUUAGUCUUUUUUUGUCUGCUUGAUUUCAUUCUGUAUUGGCUUUAUUUCAAGCCUUUCCUGUUUUCCCCCCUGUAAGCGUCUCUCUGGUUGUUGAACAAAUGUAAGGGAAAUGAUUGUUAAGUCAGUGUUAAUCUUAGGUUCUGCACAACCAGUUAAUCAAAUUAACAUCAGUAGGGAUUAGAGAGAAUGUGGAGGUUUCAAAUAUUAAUAGUUUUGCUGUGUUUUUGUGUUGUAUAUAGGCAGAAGGAUUGUUUAGCUGUUUGUGCCGGUGUUUGGUGAAAGUGUAAUUGUGGGUGGCAAUGUGUACUGAGGUUUGGGAAAAAUUUCGUUGAGUGUCUACAUUUUAGGUGUUAUCUUACAAGUAGUAACGAGACUCUUUAAGAGUAUUCCAUAGUACUUAGCAACUCCGAAAUGUGCUGAAAUGGGGAUUUCAGAUGGCUAAGCAAUUCUGUUCUAUUGUGCUUUC